GAGCAGUCGAUCAUGUGCUGAUCAGUUAACAACUGGUCUUGGAAAAGCCACACUGGUACUUAAACCAGUCUCCCCAGCACACCAGUCUAAGAGGAAACCUGCAUUUGCCGAUCCUGAGGACAGGCCACGUGUGGCCCUGAGCAGGGCUCUGGAAGCAGGCAGCAGCACUGGGCUCACGGUGAGGACAGCAGAAGGGGGAACUGGAAACUCUGCUCUUCCCUUAUCAGGCCAGCCCCAGCGUGUCCCUGGCUCUUAUCAGCCCUGGCAGAGCCAGUUUCUGGUGCAUUGAGCCCUAAAUUCCCGUCAUAGGGUGCUGCAGGGCCUGGCCCCAUUGCCUCCAGCUUGCACUUAAAGAGGGGCUGAGAAGCACCUUGUGACAUACGGGGACAAGGCAGGGCAGUGGUGACAGACCGUGAAGGGAGGCGAUGCUGGACCUCAUCAUCCUCACCCUGCAUUUCUUCAUCUGCUUUCUCAUCUCCAUUGCAAUCUGGAUGUGGAUUCACACAGCUCAAGCACAGGAGAAGCUGAAAUGGGGCCAGAUGGUCUUAUAUUCAUUGGCAAAGAAGACGACAUAAAGAAGUCCCAAAGAAUAACAGCCAAAAUCGAUGGCAGGGAAAUUGUUGUUUUCUACCAUGAAGGGAAAUUUCAUGCUCUGGAUUCUCGCUGCUACCAUGAAGGAGGCCCUUUAUAUCGUGGAGAAAUAGAGGAUAUCGAUGGACAAGCCUGUAUUGUUUGUCCUUGGCAUAAGUUUAAAAUUACCUUGGAAACAGGAGAAGGAUUGUAUGAAGGAAUAAAUCCUCAGGAGCCAUCACCAACACCAAAGUGGCAAUCAAAAGGAGUCAAACAAAGGAUUCACAAGGUCACAAUAGACAAUGGAAAUGUUUAUGUGAGUCCUCCAGAUUUUUCUGUGAGCUUUGACUCUGAUUAUUAUGCUGAAAUAUACAAAAAUGGUGGUGAAUUAGCUAUUGCAAAACCAAGCCACUUAGAAGUCACAGAGUAGGUCAUGGGCAGACAGCAGAAUCCUGGGGAAUGCACCAAUGAAGAAUUUGUGUUGGGAAAUAAAAAUGUACUGCGCCAUGAAGAUUGUCUCCAAAUUAAAUUCUAAUAUUGUUAUGUUAAAGCAUUCAAAUACAUAGAUAUGAGUAGGAUAAGAAGCCCUGCAUUGUCAGAAAUGUCACUGAUUUUGUGAUGAGGAUUUUUUUGCACUUGCAUUUCAGAAAAGACUUAAUUACAGCAGAGUGCCUCACAAUAUUUGAUAUUUUGCUAGAACUAUUUUAAUUUUUAAGAGGGGAUAUAGUAUACUACGGCUUAUAAAACUUACUACAUAAUUAAAAGUAGAUAGUCAGGUGUAAAGGUUAUCUUUAUAUACUUAACCGUUUAUACUUCUAAUGCCUGUGGUAAAAAUGACAUGGAAAUUUUUAACUUUUGAGAUAUGUGUGUGAUCUCUUGCUAUUUAUUAAAUGCCACAAAUGGAAGCACAGAAUUUCAGAAUACUUUAGUGCACUCUUUUAUGCCUAUUUGUGCAUUACUACCUUGAGUAUAUAGAUGUAUUUCUUUUCCUUCUACUCACUGAAUUCCUCUUGUUAGUUCAUCGAAUAAUGCAGCAAGGAUUUAUUAUGUAUAGCUUGUUCUUCCUGGUUCUGUUGGUUAAAGAGGGAGCUGUUUGGUGUGAUAUGUGAAUUAGUGGCCCUUGUUUGCUUGUUUAUUGUAACCAGAUUUUUCUACAUUCGUUUGAAAAAAAAAAAAGUGCUUUCUGUGUAGAGACAAAA